GAAUUGUGUUGCAAACACCGGAACAACCGACCAACAUCUUGGGAGGAUCAAUCAAUUUUCGUAAUUGCAUUCUCUCUUGCCAAGAGCUGCUAAAAGAUACCUUGAUGCUCUUUCCGGAACUGGGGUUCGGGCAGUACGUCUUGGCGGUUGAUAGUUAUAGCUUAUUCCCUCGAAUACAACACCAUCUUUAUAAAUCUUUCAUCUUCACGCCUCUGCCCGCAUAUAAUCGUUGCUUAUCUCCAAAUCUUCGUCCUCGUUCCCCCAAAGCCACACCGCGAUUCUCCAGAACGUCACCCGAGAUCCAUCAACAUGAAGGCCUCUCAGAUCAUGUCCAUGCUCGGCUUUGCCGUCUUCACCCUGGCCCAAAGCGAGAGCCUGGCUCCUUCACCCACGGAGAGCGUGGGAUGUGAGCCUCACGGUGACCACUGGCACUGCGAGGGCGCUCGCGCCACCACUGCCGCAGCAGCCAGCGGAACCACUCUCGUCACCAGCGUUGCCGCUGCGACCACAACCGCCACCGAGGACCACGACCACGAUGAUGACGACCACUCUUCCGGCACCGGCAGCCUUGCUCCCUCCCCCACUGAGUCUGUCGGCUGCGAGCCUCACGGUGACCACUGGCAUUGCGACGCCGCUGCCACCGCCGUCUCCGGCACGGCUUCUGCCUCUGGCACGGGAUCCGCUGCCGUCACCACCACCGCUGCGGCUACCACUGGAGCCGCUGGUACUACUGCGGCUGGCAGCGCUACUCCCAGCUCUACUGCCGUUCCCGCCGGAGCUGCUCGUGCUGGCUUCGGCGCUGCUGCCAUUGCUGCCGCCCUCAUGGCCCUGUAAAACAAAGAUGAUACAACGACGGAAUAAUGGGCCUUGACUCGAGGCAUUUUACGGAUACACGAAUUGGGAUUCAUGAAAGGAAACAUGUGGUAUUUCUUGAUUUAGCAGAUCAAUAGUCAAGAAUGACGAUAAACCUGCUAAACCGAGGCGCUUUGCCUCCUUUCAUCCACCUCGAGAAUGGAGGCGGAUUAAUUGUAGCAUUAGAAGCAGAAUUCACCGAAUUAGGCUUUACGUUUUUGUGCCCCCUUGUCAGAAUGAUGUUUGACCAGCUUGAAUCAUAUUGCUUAUACACUUGC